CAACACCUUCUACAAUGUGAAAAUUUUCUCUCUUCUGAGCAUCAAUCGCUCAUAAUUGCUCCAAAAAAAAAUAAUAUGAAUAUAAUCUUCGCGCUCUAGCUCAACUUCCCGUCGCAAGGAUGGCUUACAUAUACAACAGUCAACUAGAUGCCUUUUCACUGUACCACAUAAUCCAAGAGGCUCCCGAGCCGUCCACAUCCGCCGCCGGUCCCGCCGCGGCGCUCCCUGCGCUAGGCCAUGCCAUCGCAGGCUCUGUCGGCAGCGGCCUCUCCAAUGUCGCAAUAUACCCCAUAUCCCUAAUCACCACGCGGCUGCAAGUACAGCGGCAAUUCCGAAAAGACCGCUCCACUGCCGAUCCGGACGAGUACAAAGAUGUAGUCGAUGCCGCGCAGAAAAUCUUCGCGCAAGAAGGCGGGAUAUCCGCCUUCUACCAAGGCGUGCUCCAGGACACAAGCAAAACCGUGGUGGACGCAUUCCUUUUCUUCCUCGCCUACACUUUUCUGCGACAACAGCGCAAGACGGCACGCGCGGGCGUUGUCGCGCCCGGGGUCGGACAACUCCAAUCCAAGACAUUGCCUGUGCUCGACGAACUAGGUAUCGGCGUAUUAGCAGGCGCAUUCUCGAAACUCGUCACCACGCCGAUAUCCAAUAUCGUUACACGCAAGCAGACCGCAGCAAUGAUAGCCGCGCGGUCCUCGACCGCUACGGCCUCGCAGUCCCUCAGCGUCAAGGAUAUCGCGCUGCAGAUCCGCGAGGAAAAGGGCAUUUCGGGCUUCUGGUCCGGAUAUUCCGCCAGCCUCAUCCUCACGCUGAAUCCCAGCAUCACUUUUUUCCUGUACGAGACGUUUAAGCGCACUCUGCUGCCUCGGUCCCAGCGCGACAAGCCCAGCGCAAGAGCAACGUUUCUUCUCGCGGCAAUUAGCAAGGCCAUGGCCUCGUGCGUCACGUAUCCGUUUUCACUCGCCAAGGCGCGAGCACAAUUGUCGUCUGGUAAUGCCGAUGAUGAAGAAUCAGAAUUAGAAACCCGUACCGCCCCGACUAGUACCGCUGAGACUGGUACUGGUACUGCAACUAAUAUUGGCACUGGUGCAGGUGCUGAUCCCCUUGCCGCUGCAUCCCUGCCGCCAUCCUCUGCGUCAUCGUCAAAACAGCCCAGCGAUGCGAGUACACGUAAACGUAGAUUGAAUCUCAAGAAUUUCAAGUUCCGAGUAACAGUCCUAUCUCUCAUUCUGCGCAUCAUUCGCACCGAAGGUCCCACGGCGCUCUACGAAGGUCUCGCAGGCGAAUUACUCCGCGGCUUUUUCUCGCAUGGCAUCACCAUGCUAGUGAAAGAAUCCGUACACAAGUUCAUUGUGCAGUUAUAUUUUGCCAUUCUGCGCGUCUUGGAUACGCAGCAUCCCACGCUGUCCUUGUCGGGUUGGAGGACUUCUUUGUCCCCUUCUGGUUCGCGUUAUCCUUCUUCGGCGUCGUCGGCGGCGGCGGAGGCAGCGACCGCAGCAAAGUCCUCGGCACAAGCACUUGCCUAUUCGGCCACGCAGCAGACUCGCGCCGGUGUCAGCGCGCUCUGGGAUAAGAGUCAGCAGGCGGCGCGCGAGGCAAUGGAUAGUGCGAAUGACGCGGUAGAGUUUGUGACGGAUUAUAUUGGCGAUAAUGGCGAUGAUGAUGGUGGUAGUACUAGCGGUGGUAAUGGUUCUGCUGGUGGUGGAGGGGGAGGAAAUGGUCGAGGUUGAGAGUAACACAAAUAUGAAUUGGAUGAAACGUAUAUGCGAGUAUUCAAUUUUUGUGGGGAUAUGUAAAGCAAAUGUGGGUAAAAUUGCUGGCGGAUCAGGAAAAUAAUGUGAAUGUAACUUUCGAUCUAGGUUGACCUUCAAAACUGUUGAAAUUAGUACAAAGGGCCAAGUAAUUUGACUCACGAUAUUCACGAGCAUGC